CAUUUGCGGAUCUUUUUGUUUGUUUGUUUGUUGAUAAUCUAAUAUAGGGUUGUGGAGACUGAUUUUUGUUAACAAGCGGAACUGCUACAAAUGUGAAGAUUUUGGAUCAGACAAGUCUCUGACGCUAUUGUUGUUUCUACGUUAACAGCGGUAUGUUAAACGUGUCCUUGUCCCUGUUUUUCUGACACUUCGAGGAGGAAGUUGCUAUACCUUUUUUCAGGCCCAUGGAUCCCAAGCAAGUGUUUCUGUCCUUGCUGACAUUUGGAGUCACUGGUCUGGUCCUCUUCAUGUACCUGCAAGCUAGGGUUCAUGGUUCACACCCCGAAGGGUUGAAAUAUAAACUGGAGCAAGUGCCCAUGCAUCAGGGCAUUGCUUCUCGGAUUGAUGAAAACAAGCCCCCUGGAUUGAUACAUGGAAACAUCAGUCAGCAACAAGGAGACAUUACUUAUAGCCCAGAGCACAAACUCUACACCUUUAAUAAGGACACUGGUCAUGUUCAAAGAAGACAGGUGGAACAGCAGCAAAGGUGGAGCUUGCUCCUAAAACAAAUUGUGCACCCACUGAAUCCUUCCAAAUCACCAAACUCACUCAACAACAGUCUGUUUGAAGAUUCACAGUGGAUAGGGACACACAAGGUCCAAGCAAAGCGAAGAUCUUUUCUUGAAAGCUUCUGCAAAAAAUACAAUGGCAACCCACGACCCACGACUAAUCUCAGCCGGAUGGUAUCCCGAAUAUACGUGGAGGAGAAACACAAAAUCCUGUACUGUGAGGUUCCUAAAGCAGGCUGUUCUAACUGGAAGAGAACACUGAUGGUUCUGAGUGGUCUUGCUCCUUCAAUAGAUAAGAUCUCACAUGAUGCAGUGCAUUAUGGGAGUCACCUCCAUAAACUGGACAACUUUGAUGUUAAAGGUAUCUACGAACGCCUUGACUCUUUCACCAAAGUCAUUGUAGUCAGGAACCCGAUGGAAAGACUGGUGUCUGCCUUCCGGGACAAAUUUGAGCACCCAAAUAAUUACUACCACCCUGUUUUUGGAAAAGCUAUUAUUAAGAUGUACAGAAAGAAUGCCACUCAAGAGGCUUUGACCACCGGGUCAGGGGUUACAUUUAAAGAAUUUGUGCAGUAUCUGUUGGACUCCCAGCGUCCAAUGGGUAUGGAUAUUCACUGGGAGACAGUCAACAAGCUAUGUUUUCCCUGUAUAAUAAAUUAUGAUUUUAUUGGGAAAUUUGAGACACUUGAAGAAGAUGCCAACUACUUCUUAAGAUUAAUAGGGGCUCCGGAGGAUCUAAAGUUUCCUGCUUUUAAAGAUAGACAUUCAACUGAUGAAAGGACUACAUCUUCAGUAGUUAACCACUACAUGCUACAACUGUCCCCUGCAGAAAGACAACUGGCCCAUGACUUCUAUCUUUUGGACUACCUAUUGUUUAAUUAUACAAGGCUUUGAGUAUAAUCAAAACUACACUGUUUUAUUGUAAUAGUUUCAUGUAUUUUGUGACACUGUUUUCACAAUACCUCUGCCAAAAUCGUUUGAACAGCCAUGAGUAAAUACUCCUGUGUCUGCUUCAGGACUACACAGCAUUGAGAGCAAAGCUGCUCUGGCCCUCCUCAAAACCAGCACCAGGCCCUGAGAGGCUACGGGAAUUGAAGAAAUUAUGCUGCAUAUGUGGCAAAACACAAACCAGUGUUUGCUAUCAACACCCAUUGAUUCCAUGAGCAAGUGUGUUGUGGAAUCUAGUGCCACUCAUCAGUGAAAAAGUUGUCCUUUUAGUAAUGACUACAUGAGUCACAAUUGAAACCUGUCUUCCAGCUGAGUGAUUUACAGGGAUCUAUAGAAUGACAGCCUGUAAAAUAUAAAUAGGGCUUCUGUUUUUCGGGUUUUAUUAAUUUUAUUUUUUUCGGUGCUUAUUUUUAACUAUUUUCGAGUUUUAUGUAAAUCAGUUUUUCUGGGCUUUUGUUUUUGAUAUACUGUAUGAAAUGAGUGUUUUUGGUUACUUUCAAAAAUGCUUGAGCGUUAUUUUUUCUGUCAAAAUAUGUAUAGUAGUAACUCGACAGUACUUGCACACUUAAGUUAUACCUUCUUUCCUUUGCUGUCUUCCACAAUGGAAUCCUUAUGGUCAUGGGCACAUUCUUCUGGGGGUUUUGUGUGUAGGCAUUUUUGUACAUUUCGCCACAGUUUUAAGUCCUCCGUAUGUUAACUGUAAUACAGUUUUAAAUCCCGCUAACAAGCCUUCAUCCUGGUUGUAAUCUCGUUUUAAAUCUCGCAAGCAGAGUCUCCAAUAGAAAUCUAGGAAUGCUGUCACUCAGUAGUUGGGGCGGGUUUAAAGUAUUCACAACGAAUCAAUGAAAGCUACAAGCCAGGGAGGCGGGACAUUGUCCAGCAGCACUAGGAAAUGUAUUUAUUAUUAUUUUUGUAGUAGGUUUUAUUUUUUUAAUGUGAAAAGGGUAAAGUCAACGUGAAUCGAUUAACCAUUUCCACAGUUUUUCUGGUGUUUUCCGGUGUUUAUUAGCUAUCCAACGAUUUAAUUAUUUUUGUAUCAGGGGUGUUUUAUUUGGUUUUAUUGGUUAAAACCAAAAAAUCAGAAGCCCUAAAUAUAAAUGUAUUAAUAAAAGUUGGAUUACAUUCUCCACAGCCUCAAACACGCAGUCACAAAAUCUUCUUUAACACUAAAAUAAACUAUUGUAUAUAUCAGUAAACAGAUGUUUUAACAAGUCUGUCUUCUUCAGUUUUCUGUUUGUGCAAUGGUCUGUGUUUAUAGUUAUGUACCACAUAGUUUUAUUUUUUUUAUUAAUAUAUUGUGAUUAUGCCCAAAGCUAUAGUAUUCUUUUUUUAAAUUCUUUUGAGGCUUUUGAGAAUGUGUAUGUUUUAAAUAAAUUAUUUGAACCUAUUUGUAAUGCUAAUAAUGCUAAUCAUUUUACCAAUCAGUCGUAAAUUCCCUGCUGUGUUCAUUUUAUUGGCUAUAAUAUGUCUUGCAUAGGUACAUUUGAAGUUUACCUGUGUGCAUACAAACUUAUGAAUUGUAAUGAAAUGUUAUUUAGAACCCUGUGUAAUGAUCUUAGAAUUCUAAAUAAUACUGG